CUCCGCUCUAUUUUAGACCCAACAAUUUGAUCUGUAACCUUAUCAGCAAAUUAGAAAUGGUUGUCCUUCUUCUUCUUCUCUUGUUUCACUUAGCCCCUUGUGCAACCUCACUAAACUUCCGUUUCCCCACCUUCCCAAAUGGCAUCAACACCCUAUCUCUCGAGGGAGAUGCUUACGUCGACGGGGAAUUCCUCCGACUCACCAAAAGCGCUGUUGACGACCUAAAAAACCAAAGCGUCGGCCGAGCCACCUACAGCCAACCCUUCCUCCUCCGCGACAACGCCACGGGAAAACUCGCUGAUUUCACCACAACUUUCACAUUCGCCAUCGACUCGCAAAAUAAAACAUUCUAUGCAGACGGGCUCGCCUUCUUUUUGGCGCCAAACGGGUCUGCACUCAACACAACAAUAAGCACAGGCGGCUCUCUUGGCCUCCCCGUCAUAACCCCAGAAAAAAACGAGUCCACGAAUCUGUACCCGUUUGUGGCAGUGGAGUUUGACAUAUUUCAUAAUGCAAGGACGUCUAUCGACGAUCCCGCUGGCGAUCAUGUUGGUAUUGAUGUCAACUCUGUCAAGUCUAAAGUUACCGGGGCGUGGAAUGGUAGCAUUACAGAGGGACGAUUCAAUAGUGCUUCGAUUCGUUAUGAUUCUGGAUCGAAAAAUCUUAGCGUUACCUUCACUACUUACGAAAAUGGUGUCUGGGUUGAGAGGUAUCUUGAUUACAUGGUUGAUGUGAAUGAGAUUUUGCAGGGUUGGGUGAUUGUUGGGUUCUCUGCUGCAACAGGUUCUUUGACUGCUCUGCACAAGAUCAAAUCAUGGAGUUUCAAUUCGACAUCGCUGAUUGAUGAGAAUGCAAAGAACAACACACCAGUAGCUCCUGAGCCGACCCCCAUUGUUGAACCCGAGUCAGGAAAUGGCAUCAACAUUGGACUUGUGGUUGGGCUGGUUGUUGGUGGGUGUGUUCUUUUGGUUGGUGGGUUUUGUUUGGUUUGGUUCAUUUUUUGGAAGAAGGGGGGAACAGGGGAAAGUAGCGACAAUGAUGAAGAUCCUUUUAUCAACGAUCCAAUCGAUGACGAAUUCGAAAAGGGGACAGGCCCAAAGAAGUUUUCGUACAAGACAUUGGCUCAAUCGACAAAUGAUUUUGACGAGGGAGAGAAGCUUGGAGAGGGAGGGUUUGGUGGGGUUUACAGAGGCUUCGUAAAAGAUUUGAACUCAUAUGUUGCUGUUAAGAGGGUAUCAAGUGGGUCUAGACAGGGGCUGAAGGAGUACGCAGCAGAAGUAAGGAUCAUCAGUCGACUUAGGCAUCGAAAUCUGGUGCAACUCAUUGGUUGGUGCCACGAAAAGAGAGAACUCCUACUUGUUUACGAGUUCAUGUCCAAUGGAAGCUUAGAUUCCCAUUUGUUUAAAGAACAAAGCUUGUUAACUUGGGAGGCAAGAUACAAAAUUGCUCAAGGUUUGGCCUCUGGGUUGUUCUAUCUACAUGAAGAGUGGGAGCAAUGUGUGCUGCAUAGGGAUAUUAAAUCGAGCAAUGUUAUGUUAGAUUCAAAUUUCAACGCAAAACUUGGGGAUUUUGGGUUAGCUAGACUUGUGGACCACGGAAAACAGUCGCAAACCACAAUCUUGGCUGGAACCAUGGGUUACAUGGCUCCGGAUUAUCUCAACACCGGAAAGGCUAGCAAAGAAUCAGAUGUCUACAGCUUCGGAGUUGUUGCUUUGGAAAUAGCAUGUGGGAGAAAACCCAUCGAUCCAAAGUUUGGAAGCUCUAAAGUCAAUAUGGUUGAGUGGGUUUGGGAGCUUUACGGAGAAGAUAGAGUCAAUGAAGCAGCUGACCCAAAACUAUGUGGGGAUUUUGAUAAGAAACAAAUGGAGUGCUUGAUGAUUGUUGGGUUGUGGUGUGCUCAUCCAGACUACAACAUGAGGCCUUCAAUACAACAAGCAAUUCAAGUGCUUAACUUUGAGGUACCGUUGCCGAAUCUCCCAUCAAAGAUGCCGGUGGCCACCUAUUUUGCUCCUCCGAAAUCGCUCUCAAUGUUGUCUAGAGAUAUUAGUGGUUCUCAAGGAGGCCAAACUGAGUCGUCUUCAGGCCAAACUAACUCCUCACAGUUCAGCGCACCUUCUUCUGCCACAAAUUCUCAUCCAAAAAUUUCACUUGGGUAAGAAAGAAGCCUAACUAAAUAAUUUUGAUUCUAAACUUUUAGAAUUUUUGUAAUUCCACUGUUGUCCUGUACGAGAUUAUGCAUUGCACUCUUUGUUUUGAUAAUACACAAAUUCAAUAUCAAUUUAGUUACACAA